AAUGUGAGUUUUAUUUCUACAGGAACCGUCUGGCUUCCAACAGACAGGGAAACUCCGUUCGGAAACAUGAGUCACAGGACCCAUAAACCUACAGCACACCUCACGGGGAGUCCCCAGAUUAACUCUCUGGCGGGUGACGACAAGGGCCUGAGCAAGAUCAAGUCAUGGGAGGCGAGACAGGGACUAGCGACUUUGGCUAACGGGAUGAGACACAAGAAAGGGCACAUCAUCAUCCCUACAAACGGCCUCUACUUCAUCUACUCCCAACUGUACUACCGCUUCCUAAACCCCAAACAGACGCAGAGCAAAACCUACCAGCUCAUCCACUACACAUUCAAACAAAACUCCUAUCCGAAACCGCUUCAGAUCAUGAAGAGCGCGAGAAACACAUGUUGGUCUAAGAACGUGGAGUUUGGGUUGUACACGUCCUAUCAGGGUGGGGUGUUCAGGCUGCAAAGGGGGGACAAAAUAUGGGUCGCGGUGUCCAACAUGUCUAUGGUGUGCUUGGAGGAAACGUCCAGUUAUUUUGGCGCGUUCAUGAUAUAGACAAGUGCCGCUAGUUCACCUUUAUUUGUGGAGUAAGCUUUAUCCGUUGUCUUAAAGUACAGCCUGCAAAGGGGGGAAACAGUUGGGUCGUGGUUUGGAGGAAACGUCCAGUUAUUUUGGCGCCUUCAUGAUAUAGGCAUGUGCCGCGCUAGUUCA